GGGAAUCAAUACGAUACCAUCCGACUCAAACUUGCAGCAAUCCGGUGGGUACACCGGGCGCACGCCGGCAUCAGCCUCCGCAAUUCACCAAGCUUCGACAUCCUCAUGAGUGAAAUUCGGCGAGUCUCGGAUCCUGUCACGAAGAAGCAACCCGAUACUCCGGCUUUCUUAAGACUACUU